CAAAAAUCAAUUUUUUUAAUUUUAUAAAUAUAUAACAUCCUCUUUUAUAUCAUGUAAUGAUGCUCUUGUACACGUCUGUACUACAAAGAUAUCUACUUAUGCUUGUUUUCCUCUCAAGUCUUCUAGUCUCGAGGAGCUCAUGCAAGAAGCAAUAUUUUAAAUGGCUUCAAGAGACAAGGAUGAGGAGUGAAAUUUCCACACAAACUGACAAGAAUUUAAGACAGUUGGAACGACUCUAUUAAGGACUUCUAAAUAUCUGCUUAUGCUUGUUUUCCUCCUCAGUCCUCCACUCAAAUCUACUCAAUAGCUUCAGAAAAAAAAAAGCAAUAUUUUGAAUGGCUACUAGCUCAAGAGUCAAUGAUGAGGCAGAACCUCAAAGAGGGUAUUGGAGAUGGAGCAAACAAGAUUUCUUGCCAGAGGAGUCCUUCCAAAGCUGGAACAACUACGUUUCUGCGCUCUCACAAACAUGGCUAAGGUUCAAGGAUCGUCUCUUCAGCAGAUCGGAUGAUGCCACUGAGACAGAAGAGCUCAAGAAACAAAGUGAGCAUGACAUGAAACGUUGCCUCAACUGGUGGGAUCUCAUAUGGUUCGGUUUUGGUGCAGUGAUUGGAGCAGGAAUCUUUGUGCUCACUGGUCAAGAGGCUCAUGACCAUGCUGGAGCAGCAAUUGUUUUAUCUUAUGUUGCCUCAGGUUUCUCAGCAAUGCUUUCUGUUUUCUGCUACACUGAGUUUGCUGUAGAAGUUCCAUCAGCAGGAGGGUCAUUUGCUUAUCUGAGAGUUGAAUUAGGAGACUUUGUUGCUUUCAUAACAGCUGGCAACAUUCUUCUUGAAAGUGUUAUUGGAAGUGCAGCAGUGGCCAGAUCAUGGACUUCUUACUUCACAAACCUUUUGAACCGUCCAAAGAAUUCAUUGCGCAUCAAAACAAAUCUCAAAGAGGGUUACAACUUGUUGGACCCUAUAGCUUCUGGGGUUCUGGUGAUUGCUUCAGUGAUCACAAUAAUCAGCACAAGAAAAACUUCAUUUCUCAAUUGGAUAGCUUCUGCCAUUAACACUGCUGUUAUUAUAUUUGUGAUUGUAGCAGGGUUUCUUCAUGCAGACACAUCAAACUUGUCACCCUUUUUACCUUAUGGGGCUAAGGGUGUGUUUCAAGCUGCAGCAAUUAUUUAUUUUGCAUACGGAGGAUUUGACCAUAUUGCAACCAUGGCUGAAGAAACCAAGAAGCCAUCAAGGGACAUUCCUAUAGGUUUGGUUGGGUCAAUGUCCAUGAUCACAGUGAUUUAUUGCUUGAUGGCACUCUCGCUGAGUAUGAUGCAGAAAUACACAGAAAUAGACACUGGUGCUGCAUUCUCAGUUGCAUUUCAGCAUGUGGGGAUGAAGUGGGCAAAGUAUGUGGUGGCUUUUGGAGCCCUAAAGGGAAUGACUACAGUGCUUCUGGUGGGGAGAUUGGCGCAGGCACGUUAUAUUACUCACAUUGCACGAUGCCACAUGAUCCCACCAUGGUUUGCUCUUGUGCACCAUAAGACCGGAACCCCAAUAAAUGCUACAUUGUUGAUCACCAUUGCAAGUGCCAUCAUAGCUUUUUUCACAGGCUUGAAGGUGCUGUCAAGCUUGAUAUCUGUGAGCACACUCUUCGUCUUCAUGAUGAUAUCUAUUGCCCUUGUGGUGAGGAGGUACUACGUCAGAGGGGUCACACCAAAGGAGAACCUGUUAAAGCUAGUCAUCUUCUUGGGACUUAUCAUUGCUUCUUCGAUGGGAAUUUCAGCCUACUGGGGGCUGAGGUCUAACGGUUGGUUUGGAUACAUUGUGACUGUUCCUUUUUGGUUCUUGGCAACUCUAGGGAUGUCGUUGUUUUUGACUCAGCAGAGGGCGCCAAGAGUUUGGGGGGUUCCACUUGUCCCGUGGUUUCCAUCUUUGUCAAUUGCAACAAAUGUCUUCCUUAUGGGGUCUUUGGAGUAUGAAGCCUUCAUAAGAUUUGGAGCGUGCACAGUGGCAAUGCUAAUCUACUAUUUUCUCUUUGGACUCCAUGCAACUUAUGAUAUGGCUCACCAACAAGAAAAGCUGCAAUCGAAAGUUGAUCACAGAGAAACCAUCAAGAAUGAAGGGCCAUAGACAUUGCAUAUUUGUUUUGAGCAGAAUUAGAUUUCCCUCACGCAAACCUGUUCCACAAUUUACAUGAUAUUAUUCAUGCUAGUAACCCUUGAAUAGUUGAAUAAAAAAAUGCAGGUCAUAUUACUCAACAAGAAUAGAAGAAUUGAAUAAAUAUAGCAGAAUCAUGUUUCAAUUCAUUCCUACUUGCACAGUGUAUUUUCUCUGAAGGUUAUCCAAUGCAAGGUGCAAGGUGGCCAAUAAACAAAACAAUUCUACAGAAAUAGCUGAAAAUAGAUAUAAGGUUUUUUAAUAAAAAUGUUUACUAUAUCAAUAUUCAACAUUUCAGCUCACACACGGUUAAUAUCACUAAGAAAUGCUUUCUCCGCUUCAUAAACAAAUUGCAAACAUUUGAUACCAAAUAUAUCACAGCCCGAAAACGGUAGCACUUUGAACAAAUUACUGUAUUUACUGAAUGGCUCAGAAACAAUGCUUCAAUAACAUGCAUAAUUCUCUCUAAAGCUUUGCAUACCAUUAUAAAAUCAUCAUACCAAUUACCAGAGCAUAUUUUUGACAGAGUACAUUGUACUGUGGAAAAAACCGAAAGCUAUAAUCAGCUAACAAACCUUUUAGAAAUCAAGAAUAAAUUACCAAAACAAAGUUGCUUAUUACGCAUUAUACAACAAGAAUAGAGAAAGUUUAAGAAACUUAACAUACACAUGAAAUGACCGGAUAAACAACAAUUGUUGAUACUUUGACUAUUCGUUUCAUUCCUUAUAACCCCACAAUUUUUCUCACUCAAUCAUCAUCUACGACUGUGAUAGUUAAUUAUGGAACUAUCGUAUUUUUAUAGAUCAAGCAUCUUAGACAAAUUUAAAAAGGAAAAGAGCAAGGAAAACAAGUAGCUUGCAUAGAAAGACAAUUCUGGGUCCUGUAGACAACCAUUAUCAAAACAUGAGUCUUUCGUUCUGUUUCUUUGCACCUAAGACAAAACAAAAUACGAACUAUGCAUUCUGCACAUCUCCAAACAGGCAAAAUGAAUAUAGGAUAGCAGAAAAGGUCGGUAUUGAAGUGUAUAACACCAUCUGGCUUUAUGAAAGUUCAAGGCGUUUGGCUUGAGGACCUCAAUCAAGCUCCCUGUAUCCAAAGUUCCUAACAUCCAAGAAGAAUUGUAAUUGAAUAACAUA